AAAAAAACCUAUUGUUAUGACAUCUGUGAUUUUGACGUAUAACCUCACUUUUAUUAUUCGUGUAUCAAUUAUUCAAAAAAUAGUUCCUGCUGUUUUUACCUCCUCAUUUUAAUAUGUCCGCAGCAAAGCGUGUCCAGCAAUGGGCAACGUUCGCGCGUACUUGGCACAUAUUUGACUGCAAGUGGCAGGAUCCGUAUCUAUCUGCGAAUGUUAUAAAAAAGUAUUUAAUGGGGAUGCACAAACCUAUAUACCACCCAAUGAAUGAUUGCGGCGACGUGGUGGUUUGCAUCAACAGUAGAGAUAUAGCUCUCCGUGGUGAUGAUUGGCGUCAGCGCGCUUACUUCCAUCACACUGGGUACCCUGGCGGUGCAUCCUGGACCUUAGCUUGGGAGGUUCACAACAAAGAUCCAACUAUGAUAAUUAAGAAGGCAGUGUACAGAUCAAUGAAAGGUAAUCUACAAAGACGUCACACUAUGCAGAGGAUGUUAAUUUAUCCAGGAGAAGAGGUCCCAGAAGAUAUUAUGCAGAAUGUUACAAAUCAAAUACGACAACUGCGUCCAGUACCCACUAGGCUUGACCAUAUUCCUGAAGAUGAAGUCAAAAAGUACCCUAAAGUUAUGGAAUACCCAGAAGAUUAUGUGCUUAAAUGAAUUAUUGUUUUCAAAAUUAGAGUUAAGUUAGUAUGUACAAUACAGUAAUAGAAGAUUUUAUGAAUAAAUUAGCUUUAAAUUAUAA